ACAAUCAACCAACACCUUCUCAAACACUCCUCAACACCUCAAUCAAAAUGACUGGACGCGGCAAGGGUGGCAAGGGUCUCGGAAAGGGUGGUGCCAAGCGCCACCGAAAGAUCUUGCGCGACAACAUCCAGGGUAUCACCAAGCCCGCUAUCCGACGUCUCGCACGUCGUGGUGGUGUCAAGCGUAUCUCUGCCAUGAUCUACGAGGAGACUCGCGGUGUUCUCAAGACCUUCCUUGAGGGUGUCAUCCGUGACGCCGUUACCUACACCGAGCACGCCAAGCGCAAGACCGUCACAUCUCUCGACGUUGUCUACGCUCUCAAGCGACAAGGCCGCACCCUUUACGGUUUCGGUGGUUAAGCGUGUCGCUUCCACUUCUUUUGAUACCACCUUGCAUGUUUUUAUGAUGAACUUUUGGGAGGUCCACCAGCAGAGUGCUGCGGCACUUUUCUUCUUUGGGCAGCAGCUGGCGAUGGAUGGCGCGUAUGGGAUUGGGUGUUCACUGGCAGGCCGCUCUCGGUCAGGCUUUUUGAUUUUUUGAUUGCUGUGUAGUAUACCGGCUCAAGCGCUUUGAAGCAGUCAUGGAACUGCAUGAAUGAAUAAAACUACAUCACAACA